AUGCCCGUCCCAGCACGAGUUCAACCAGGAAAGAACAUUUGGGUAGCUGCAGGUGAUGGCGAUUUAGUUAGGGUUCGGGUACGUAACUCGUCUUCGCUUACGUUCACAUGGUCAGGUCUGAUCCGGUCCCUCCCAGCCACGUCGCCCAAUGCGCCUGAUGAAUUCACGUAUACUCCCAUGCACGCUGCGGCCUCAUACGGGCAGCUUGAGACCCUGGCGUACCUGUUCUCUCAAGGAGGAGACGUUAAUGUCACCGACGAAGACGGGGAUACACCGCUAUAUGCUGUUGAAAAUACCGAGACGGCACAAUGGCUAUUGGACCACGGAUCCACUUUAGACCAUCAGAAUAAUGAUGGUGUCUCCCCUAUUGAACAUUUACAAGAGAACUUUCCCGAAAUUGCUGCAUACCUGCAGUCGCGCCUAAAUCCUUCCUCAUGUGUGAUCCCUGGGGCGGUGUCGCCCUCGCGACCUUCUCAAUAUCAGCAAGACAUCGCAACAGAGUCCCUCACGUCAUCGCUUAUGCAGUCUGUUCGUGAUAUCAUGCAGCGGUCUGAAGCAGACGGCAGGGAUCCUGAUGAGGAGCUGAGACAAGUUGUUGGCAGAAUAGUGUUUGAAGGAGUAGUAGCAGGGUAUGACAUGACAACGGAUAGCAGUGACGCUGCGCAUCAUUCCGAAGCUAAUGGAGUCAAGAGAUCUCGAACGGAUGGUAGUAAUUAAUUCUCUACUCGCCACCAUGGCAUCAAUGUGGAUCCAUGGUAGUGCGUACUACGUACAUAGCUCCUGGCUGUUUCACUCCUCAAAACGAACAACCCGAUCGGAUGAUCGUCGCAAACGAUUAAACACUGAUCAUGAUCACAGUCGAUCAAAUCAGCCGUCACUCGAGGGACGUUAUCCGUAAAAAGUUACCAUCCUUGGAGACAACAGUUACUUGUUUAAGACAUGCCUCGUAUGUUAUGAG